UUGAGGCAAGAAAAAUGGCUAAGGUUAGUGAGAAACUUAUGGUAUAUUGCUUGGUAGCAAUAUUUGUGGUCAUUGCAAUGGUGGAAGGAGCUAAAGGGGCAACCAUAUGUAACAUUCCAUCGAGUAGGUUGAACCUUUGCCGGCCGGCGGUCACCGGGAGAUACCCUCCACCACCGACCAAGCAAUGCUGUCUUUUGAUAAAACAUGCCGACUUGAAUUGUCUUUGCAACUUCAAGGAUGCUCUUCCUGCCUUCAAUAUCAACCCUUCUCGCGCAUUUGCAUUGCCUAAGAAGUGCAAAUAUAAUCUUCACAUACCACCAAAAUGCAGGGGCUGAAGCACACUCGAAUGUUCCCUCAUUAUCUGCUGAAGAUUUUUUUUGGACCCUGCUUAGAUCUUAUAUGUAUUGACAUUGUGUUCUUUGAGUUUUUCGUCUUUCUUGCAAUAAUCAUUUCAGUUUUCUUCUUAUUAUUUUUGGUCAUGUCCUUAAUGAUUGUAUUGUUCAUGAAUGUUACUCGAAUUCGAGUUUCGAUAUUUUAUAAAGAUUUUGAUAUAUCAG